AUGAGCUUGUUUUCAGAACUUCCAUUAGAUGCUGGCACUGAUGAAUAAAUUACUUAAAUAGCAGUUUCUAAUGUAUCCAUAAACCCAUCAUUAGCUAUUAUUACACCACACAAGAUUUUAUUGUUCAACGAAUGUGGAGAAAAGCACGACUACGAACUUUCAAGAAAUAUAAGGUGCACAUACGUAUAAUGGCAUCCUUCAUAGCCUAUAAUCGCACUUGGUUGGGAAACAGGUGCAAUUACUCUAUGGAGUGAGGAAACAAAAGUUGCAAAGGAAGAGCCAAACGGACAUAAAAGUGAAAUUUGUUUAAUUCAAUUUAAUCCCAGCGGUUCCCGUAUGGUUUCUGCAGAUAUUGACGGAAAUGUAACAGUGUGGAGAGGAAUUAAUAUAGUCUCAUAAUAUAAGAAAGAGUAAAGCAUUACUCAUGCCAUAUUUUGUGAACUGAACAUCGAUAGUAAAUUAAAGUCAGGAAAUCUUUUCUUUUUUGGAGGGAAGUCUGGAGUUGUUUGCUUAGCUGAUGAUGCAAAUCAUUGCUCAGAUGUUUGUAAAGUAGGUGGAAGUAUCAAAUCUUUACUCUUCUACGAAAAAGAAAACAGUGUAAUUAUCAUAACAAGCACACUCUUAUUGGUUAUGUUUAAGAUUUCUACGUCUGUUAAGACAGGCCCAAGCAAAAGAGUAAAGUUAUCAAUUUCUGGAGAUCCUUAAAAAUUAUAAUCAAUUUGGAUUGGCAGCUGUUUGUUAGCAACUUGCUCUCAUGAAAAUAUGCUUCGUAUGUGGCAUCUAGAUUAGGAUGAUAACUAUGUCCUUACUUUGCAUUAAUUAGCCUAACAAACUUAAACAUAAUAAGGAGCUGCAACUGUAAUAUAAUCAACCAACACAAACGAUUAAAUUACUAGCAUUUAAUAUGAAAAAAGAGGAAAAGUACUUGUUGCUGGUACAAGAGAAGGUCGUAUUAUUUUUUGGAAAAACCUUUCUAUAGGAAGUGAGAGUCCUCUUGAUGUAGAUGAGUGGAAAAUGCUCCCUUAUGUCUCUGUAAGACAAGGAGUUAAUAGUAUAGCCGUUGGUUAAAAUAAUGGUUUGAUUGCUGUUUAGUAUGGCAAUUAAAUUUCUUUAGUUUAAGAAACUGUCAUAAAUGGUAAAAUGACUGAUUAAGUCAGACUUCUUUAAAGCAGCGCAAAUACUAUCAAAAUAUAUAUCAACAACGACAUUUCUAAUCAAGUUUUGCAUUUCUAGUCUAAAGGUAAUAUCAAGGGCCUUGACUGUAAUGAUUAAUUUAUGUUGCUUUGGACAAGCAAAACUAUUGAAAUUCAUGAAAUUAUUAUCAAUCCAAAGGAGUCAUAGACAAAGUUGGUAGCUUCUAUUUAAGAGAAAUGUUUGAGAAGUGUUAUCCAUAAAGAAAAUAUCAUUUUAGUUAAUGAUAUGGAAUUGAAUGUUUUAAACUUCAAAGGAAUUUAAAAGUAGAAUUUGAAAUUUUCUGAAAGUGAAGGAAAAAUCUUAAAUGUGAACGUUUUAAAUAAUCACCUAAUCAUGUGGACCUCUAAUAACUAUAUUCGUUUAUUUGAUAUUAGCAGAAGAGAAGUUAAGCAGAUUGGUGUGACUAGAAGAUUUGAAAACUCACAAGGUUAACUUGGAUAAAUAAGAUAUUGUGCUGUUAAUUCAGAUGGAUCUAAAAUCGUAAUUACAGCUGACUAAAGAGGCAAAUCAGGUCCUUAAGCAGAUAAUAAAUUCUACAUUUAUGAUGUCUAAACUGAUAACUUUUUACUUUAUGAAAUGCCAGCAAAAUGCAUUCCACUUCAGCCUUAUUGCGAUAGAAAAGAUAGAAAAUUUUUCGGUAUAAGCUGUAUAAUUAACAAGAAUAUCUAAUAAGAAAAGAAUGCAGAUGAAAAUAAUGAUGAAAAUGAAGAUAAUAAGAGCGAUAAAAGUAGAAAUGAAGAUGAUGAUGAGAAAGAUAAAAGCAAUUUAGAGUUUUAUACCUUUUUCGUAACUUCAGAAAAUGGAAUCAGAAAAUAAGAUUAAUAUCAACUUGAAUCCAGUAUUGAAGCAGUUUUUGCUAUUGAUAUUCCUAAACUAUAUUUCAUUAAGAGAAACAAGAAAACUAAUAGCUCUGGUUAGAACUAUAAAAUAGUUGAGAAAUAUUUAAAUGACUUUGUUGGAUUAGAAAAAAUUGACAAUCAAAUUAAAGAAGCUAUUAUGAAUUUUUCUUUCUAUCUUACUAUGGAUAACCUUGACGAAGCAUAUAAAUCUGUUAAGUAAAUAUAAAAUCCUUCUAUUUGGGAAAAAAUGGCAUCAAUGUGUGUCAAGACAAAAAGAAUUGAUGUUGCUGAAAUAUGUUUAGGAAAUAUGAGAUUCGCUAGAGGAUCUAAGGCUAUUAGAGAAUAAAAAAAAGAACCAGAAUUAGACGCUUAAUUAGCUAUGGUUGCUAUCUAGUUAAACAUGAAAGACGAAGCUGUCAAAUUGUAUGAACAAUCAAAGCGUUAUGACCUUUAUAAUAAAAUGCUCUAAGCAGAAGGAAAUUGGGAAAAGGCCAUUUAAAUUUCUGAAAAUCAUGACAGAAUUAACCUUAAAAAUACUUAUUAUAGAACAGCUUAAAUGUACGAAGUCAGCAAUAACUAUGAGUAAGCUAUACUCUAUUAUGAAAAGAGUGGAACUCAUGUUAAAGAAGUUCCCAGAAUGUUAUUAGAAGCUGGUCAAACUGAAUAGCUUGAAAGAUACAUUAUAGAUAAAAAUGAAAAACCACUUUUCAAAUGGUGGGCAUAAUAUUUAGAAUCAAAUUAUAGAAUCGAAUUGGCUGUAAAAUUCUAUAGAUAGUCAGAAGAUUAUGAUCAAAUGGUUAGGUUAUUUUUAACUAAAAACGAUGUACAAACAGCAAGUUCCAUUUGCUCAGAAACUAACAACUCAGCAGCUUGUUACAUUUUGGCUAAAUACUUAGAAAUGAAUGGCUAAAUCCCUGAGGCUAUUCAAUAUUACUGGAAAUCUUAACAUUACACAUAAGCAGUUAGGUUGGCAAGAGAAAAAGGAAUGGACAACGAAGUAAUGUCUAUUUCACUUUAAGGUCCUAAUCAAGUUAAAUUACAAUCUGCAGCCUACUUCGAAGAAAAGGGAUUCAAAUAGAAAGCUGUAGAGCUUUACAAAAAGGGUGGAAACUUAAUUAAAGCUUAUAACUUAGCACAAGAAGAAAAAUUGUAUGAUGAAGCUAAAUAAAUUGCUCGUUAAAUAGAAUAAGAAGAAGAUUAAAGAAACAAAAAGAGAGAUCCCAACGACCUUGCAGGAAUUAUUGAUGAUUUUAUAGAAAAAGGUUAACCUGAAAGAGCUGUUCCUUUGAUGAUUAAAGCCAAAUAAUUUGAAAGAGCUAUAGAAACCUGUAUAAGAUUCAAUAUUCCUAUAACUCAAGAUUUAGUAGAUAAAAUUAUUCCUACUGAACCAGCUAAAAAUGCAGCUGAAGAAAACAAAAGAAAAGAAUUGAUGAAACUAAUUGCUGACACUAGUAUUAAGCAAGGAGACUAUCGUUUAUCAAGUAAGCUUUAUACAAAGCUUGGAAAUUAAGUUGAGGCUAUGAAGUGUCUAAUUAAUCUUGGUGCUAUUGAUGAAGUUGUAAAUUAUGCUACUAUGGCUCGUAUGCCUUAACUCUACAUUUUAGCAGGUAAUUUCUUACAAACCACUGACUGGCAUAAGAAUCCUCAGUUAAUGAAGCAUAUCAUUACUUUUUACAACAAAGCUAAAGCUUACGAUAACUUGGCAGGAUUCUUUGAUGCAUGCAGUAGUGUGGAAAUUGACGAAUAUAGAGAUUAUGAAAAGGCUGCAGCUGCACUUAAUGAAGCCUUAAAGCAUGCUAAGAAAUCUACAAGCGAAAGCCGUGAUUUCCGUAUUGAGUAAUUAGAAACUAAGCUCAAUCUUGUGUAAAAGUUCGUAUAAGCAAGAGCUCUUUUCUCAUCAGAUCCUCAACAAAUGAAACAAAUAUGCGAAGAUUUAUUAGCAUAACCUGGUAUAGACUAAAGUGUUAGAAGCGGUGAUAUUUAUGCAUAAAUAAUUGAAUAUUAUUACCAAGUUAAGAAUUUCUCUUAGGCCUUUGACUAUAUCAAAAAAAUGCAGUAAAAGCGUAUUAUACUUGCCCCAUAUCUUGACUAGGAAAUGCUUCAAUAAAUUUUAGAAAGCUAAGGAGUAUCUCUAAAUAGCAAAAAUAAAAACAACGAUGAUGAAUUCAUUGAAGAAGAUGUCCCAGAGUGA